AUGGCAAGAAGUAAAAAGAAAUUCGGAACCAGCACCUACGACAGCGAUGAAUACUCAACGACAGCGAGUCGAACCUAUUCGAAGAGAGUAUUUAGAAAAACGGUCCGAGAUGUGGUUUCUCAAACAGGAAAGACCAUCGUUGCCGACGUGGAUCAAGUGCCACAUCGAGCAAGACGAAGAUGGAAGAAGGGAAUUUUCACCUCAGAAAGAGAAAUGGUCAAUCACAUGGAUGUGAAGAGUAAACAUCAAGAGUUGCAUGAAUUUAUGCAUGCUAAGGAAGAAUCUAAAAACAAUCUCAAAACAGCUCAGCAAAAAGUGAAAUUUGAGGCGUGGUGUGAAUCAAAACCAGCUCAUGUUGUGAAAAAGACACUUAAAAAACUAGAACGAGAAGGAAAAGAAACAAUUUUUGAUGCGGAUAGUACAGAUAGCGAAAUUGAGAAAAAAGUUGAACAAUGGGUGAGCAGAAAUUAUAUGCAAAGCAUUGGAGAAACGAAAAGAUAUUUAGAGACUGAAAGUCUACAAUGCUUUUCUGAAUAUAGAUCAUGGAAGAACAAGUAA